AUGUCGGACGGGAACAUCAACGUUGUAGUUAGAGUGAGACCUUUGCUUCCUAGGGAAGAUACAAGCUCGGAGUGUUUAGUCUCGAUGCCUCCCUCCAACCCACGCACAACUAUACUUGAAAUACCUCAGAGCUCAACUUUUUAUAGAUCCCCAGACCAGGGCCAGAGAGUCUCUGGAGACAGAAAUAAUGUAGCUGACGAGAACUUGAAAACUUAUGAAUUUGAUGAAUCCAUUUGGUCGUUCAACUCCGACGAUUCGAACUACAUAGAUAAUAUUCUCUUCUAUGAAAGGACAUCUCCUCAAUUACUUGAUCAUUUUUUCCAAGGGUUCAAUGUGUGUGUACUCGCUUAUGGUCAAACAGGAUCUGGUAAAACUCACACAAUGAUGGGAACUGAUGAAGAGCCUGGAAUGAUUCCCUUACUAGUUAAGGACAUCCUUCGAAGAAAGGAGAGUCUUGUGAACGAGAGGACAAAUUGUCAAUUGAAAUUGCAGUAUAUGGAAAUAUACAAUGAGCAGGUGAAAGAUUUGUUGCUUCCACUGGGAGGUACAGGACCCGGUGGCCCUGGUGGUAAGUGUCGCAUUAGAGAGCAUCCGGUUACCGGUCCAUACGUAGAAAACCUAGUUGAAUAUCCAAUUAAUUCAUUCUCUUCGUUCUUAAAGUACUUGGAAAUGGGUAAUCACUUGAGGUCUACAGCUUCGACUUCGAUGAAUGAGACUAGUUCUAGAUCCCAUGCAAUUUUGACAUUAUCUUUGGUUCAAACCAAAUUCAAGCAAAAUUCUGAUGACGAAUUGCUGGACUCCAUAGGAGAAGCUGAUGAGGAAGUCAUUUCAAAUAUCAAGCUUGUGGAUUUGGCAGGCUCAGAAAGAUUAAACAAGACAAAAGUGUUUAAACAGCAAGAUAGAAUGAAAGAAGGUGCUUCUAUAAACAAGUCGUUAACCGUGUUGGGGAGGUGCAUAAACAUGCUUUCAGAAAAGUCAGCCAAAACUGGCAAUACUUCAAAUAUUGAAGUCGUACCUUACAGAGAUUCGAUACUAACUUAUAUCUUAAAAGAAAAUUUGGCAGGUAACUCGAAGACCUUUAUGCUAUUUUGUAUAUCUCCCAUAGAUUUCGAGGAGUCAUAUCAGACCUUGAACUAUGCAAACCAAGUAAAGAGAGUCAAAACAAGCGCAAGAGCUAACAAGAAGAAGAUUACUGGUAAGAACAAGAGAAGCUAUAACUGGGAUUUGGAAGAAAAUGUCAACGAGAGAGAAAGCCUCAUUGCCAAUAAUGGACUCGUAGUUGAAUUGAAGAGCGAAGUUCAGAAGCUUUCUGAAGAACUACUUCAUUUGAAGUCCAACGAGCAGCAGUCCCUCAUUGAUCAGGAGAAGUGGAACAAAUUGACCAUGUACCUUGAAAACCAAUCAAACACUGUCCAGUUUGAGAAUAAAUACUUGCACUCCAAGCUAAGACAGAAAUCUGCCGAGAUAGAAGAGUUGAAGUCACAAUUGACCUUUAUGAAUCAAGAGGUCAUUGGCGUGAUUAGUGGGAUAGAACAGGAUUAUACAGACUCUAGUAAGGGGAUGUUUGGCCAAAUAGGGAGAAAUAUCAUCGCUAGAUGUGAGAUAAAGGUUAAUGAGAUUAACGAGGAUUUAGAUAGAUUUGAACCAAGUAACGUAUUCUAG